AUGGAUCCGAAAGCUAACAUCCACGGACUUUUGAAUGGCAUUGAAAACUAUAAUCCAGAACACAAGGCAAUCUUAGAGCAGCAUCUGAAUUGGCAGGCCAGUACAGGCGAGUACGACUUUGAAGCGAACUUAGCACUGUUGCGACUGUAUGUUUCGUGUUCCCUUAACUUUAUUAUGGAUAAUAGGUAUCAGUUUUAUCCUGAACUGUUCAAUGCCGAUGCGACAAGGCUUGUCCUACUAAAGGCUCUGGCCAGUCUGAAUCCCACGGACUUCACAAUUUGCAAAUAUCUGAUCCAUUUGGAUCGCUUGAAUGAGGAGCCCCUGUCAUUGGUGGUCGAACUUGGGACGCUGCUGGAAUCAUGCCAGUUUCCAGACUUUUGGGUUUGUUGCAUUUUGCUCGUCCAAGUUCUUAUGUUGAUUCAGCUACGCCUUCGAGAAAAUCCCAAUAUCACCUCUGGCGUUCCUGGAUUUCGGGAUGCUAUGGUCAAAUUCAUUGUUCAAAUAGUGUGCCAAACGUAUCAACGCAUUCAUAAAUCCCUGUUAAUUCGCCUAUUGGAUAUGUCUGAGGCCGAGCUAAAGCAGUUGAUCAAACAAAACGGAUGGACCGAAUGCCCACCGAGCAGUCCUGGAGAUCCAAAUGGACCACUUGUUUUGGUGAACAAGCACGAAGAGAACGUGAAGUCUGUGAAAAUCCAGGAACGUGUAGACUUCGACGCGAUCACUUCUAUGUCUGGCGCUUUCCGACCAGCUAAGGGUGAUUUUUUCAUCAAAACUGGUUGAUUGUAUCGGACAUUUUACAGUGUGUGAAAAAUCGAUGAGUUUUGUUGUUACUGUGUUCUCUCUGGUCACGUUAUUCACAAACGGAAGCAACAUAGGUGUUGCAUAAGAAAUGGAACUCUGAAGUAUUGAACAAGAGAAACACAAACAGAGUAUUGUGACAGGAACGUAUGAUUCGAUAUGAUAAAAGGAUAGAAAAAAUUAACUGAAAUAAGAAAAUUUCCCAUAAUAUCUGUGGCAGCUCGUGCAUCCAACAAAACAGCACGCUGGGUGUAUUCACACUGAAAUGCAAAGGGGUACACCCGUCUCAUCUGAACCGACAAUCACAGUCAUUUAGUCGACUGUGGUGGGAAAGGCAUCUUUUCAUGUGCGAAAGUACGUAGCGAUGGGGACGAUUAGAUCGGGGGUUGUUCGCUUUUGAGCUUCUCCUGAGGUUGUGGGUCGUGGAAUAGUUCCAGAAGAGGAUACCAGACGUCCCACGGGCCUCUGUUGGUUGGGGAUCUCAUCAACACAGGAGCACGUGAUCGGCUUUGAGGAGUGUAUUUCCCAAUGCGUUCUGCAAAUUUCGUACGGCACUUUGUGGCAGACCAAUGGAAAGGCCACAGAGUACGCAAUGAGUGCAUCAGCUAAAAUAAAAGCAUG